AUGCCAAGCGGCUCCAGCUUCUGGGACAACUUUCUCAACUACUCGAGCGUCACCAUCGGGAACUUCGACGAGAAGGAGGCCUCGGGGUGGGCUGCCAGGCUCGCCAAAGUCGACUCCCUCACCACCGCCGCAGCUGUCAGCCACCGGAUCGAAGAAAUACGCCACCUCCUUGAGUACUGCCACGUCCUCACGGACAAGCAGAGGAGCAGACUGAACGCGAAGAUCGCAAUUCUUGAAAGUGAAUACGAGGAGCUUCAGUACCAGGAGGCGCGCACUCCAUCAGCGCAACACCGGGCUAGGCAAGACGAAUCGCUCCCGCUCGUGCACCUGCCCACUCCGCCUGUAGACCGGGCGCCGACUCCGCCUCCCAAGGACGACUCGAACCCAGAGAGUCCGCGCAGAACCCGGAAGAUGUCGUGGUUCAAGAACAAGAAGAAGAGUCAGACCUACUCGCUUGCGAAGGGCGCAGCGGGUGAGGGAGGGUAUAGGCGUGCGAAGCGCUACUUUGGCGAGGAGUACGUCUAG